AUGGCGGCUUUCAACCUGGGAUUGGUCGAAGCCGUCACGACAAUGGACCCAGAAUCUCCCUCCUUCCCCCUCAUCUCCGCCUCCAAGCAGAAUCGCAUCAUGAUCUGGCGCGACGAGGUCGUGUCGGCAUCCGCCUCAUAUACCGCCGCUAGCAACUAUUCCGCCCCCUCACUCGUCACCACAACCACCGCGUCCUCUACAUCCCUCACACCCUCCGAGCUUGCCACCAUGUCGCGCAGCUCACGGCUGUGGCACAAGGUCAAGACGCAGUUUACGGGAAAACGCCGCACCAGCGUGACAGCAGCCAAUGCUGACCUGCCGGACUUUAUGAUGCCCCCGCGGAAGGGCGAGUGUACGCGAACAGCCAUGUAUCAGACCCUGCGGCCGGGAUUUCCCAUCAAGCCAUACACUGGCGAGGACGAGGUGCAGAGCAGCAACGGUCAUGGACGAGGUCUUUGGGAUAAGCAGAAGAGGCUGCUCAGAGCAUCCAGGCUAUUGAGCCAACACCAUUAG